GUCUCAUUAGGUGGUGUUGAUCUUACAGUGCGGGUCCUCACAACAGGUUACUGGCCUACUCAGUCAGCCACACCAAAGUGCAACAUCCCUCCAGCCCCUAGACACGCUUUUGAAAUAUUUAGAAGGUUUUAUUUAGCCAAACAUAGCGGGCGACAGCUGACACUCCAGCAUCAUAUGGGUUCUGCAGAUCUCAAUGCCACUUUCUACGGGCCUGUUAAAAAGGAAGAUGGCUCAGAGGUUGGCGUAGGAGGUGCUCAAGUAACUGGCUCAAAUACACGGAAGCACAUAUUGCAAGUUUCCACUUUCCAGAUGACGAUAUUAAUGCUCUUUAACAACAGAGAAAAGUAUACGUUUGAGGAAAUUCAACAAGAAACUGAUAUCCCCGAAAGAGAACUGGUUAGAGCCCUACAGUCCCUUGCAUGUGGCAAACCAACACAACGUGUUCUUACAAAAGAGCCUAAAUCAAAAGAAAUAGAAAAUGGUCAUAUAUUUACAGUGAAUGAUCAGUUCACGUCUAAACUACACAGAGUCAAGAUUCAGACGGUUGCUGCCAAACAAGGAGAAUCUGAUCCAGAAAGGAAAGAAACAAGGCAGAAAGUAGAUGAUGACAGGAAACAUGAGAUAGAAGCUGCUAUAGUUCGGAUAAUGAAAUCUAGGAAGAAGAUGCAACACAACGUGCUAGUAGCAGAGGUAACUCAGCAGCUGAAGGCCCGAUUCUUACCAAGUCCAGUUGUUAUUAAAAAACGUAUUGAAGGACUUAUUGAGAGAGAAUAUUUGGCACGAACACCUGAGGAUCGCAAAGUAUACACUUACGUAGCAUAAAAUGCGUUCAGAAAAUUUGAUUUAUUCUUGGACUAUACUCCUCGCAUGAACUGGGAAGUUCUUUUAAAUCAUUAAUAUUAAGACGACCAUCUCUUCUAUUAAAUUACAAUACAUGUUCUAGACCGUUCAGAUCAAGCCUUUUACUCCUUUUGAGAGUUUUCAACAUCAAUUGAUUGAGCUUCAGGCUUUUCAACGUUAUCCCUGUAGAGAUCAUCCUUACAAUUCUUCGGGAAAAUGUGAAUGUGCCGCGUUUGUUUUCAAUACUGUAUGAAAACAGAAAAAUAAAAACAAAUUUAGAAAAUACAGCUCAUAUAAAAAAAAAUAAAAUUGUUGAAUUUCAUUUCCCCA